AUGCUGUGGCUGGUGCGCCAAAUUCCUCCAGGCGCCUGCGGUGCGGAGAUGGUGUGCUUGACAAAUAUCUUCCUCAUCGUUGGACUACUAGCUACCUCUCUGAAGACAUGCCACAGCUGUGAAAUUCUUCCCGACGACGGCAACUUCACUUGUGGGAAUGAUGGAGUCCUCAAAUUCACCAAUUGGGCAAUGAACCUGGGAGCAGUGGAGGUUGGAAGGGGCAUCGCAUCUGAGCCAGUUACUCUGCAGGAUGUACAAGCCGAGGUUGCAAAUUUCCUGCAGGUGCGGGCAAUCCAAAAGUCGUUCCAAAAGGACCUCAACAUCCGCGCCCUGGGACGGGGCCACUCAUGGACUCCUGUGUUUGUGGAUGACGGCGACUGGCUGAUGCUCACACACAAGUUCGCUUUUGAUGACGGCAGUCGAAUUAGGUUCUCUGGUCUGGAUGAAGAUGGCAUCCCACUCGUUCAGGUGGCAGCUGGGGUGACAACGGGAGAGCUUGCACUGUUCAUGGACGCCGAGGAGAACCAAGAGCAGCUGAAAUACCUGGGCCUUCCGUCCGACGUAAUUCUAGACACUGCAAGAUAUGGUGGCAUUGUUGCCAUGGGAUGCCAUGGUGCCGCAUGGGACCACGGCAGCGUGCCUGACUUUGUGCAGGAACUGUCGAUCGUGGAUGCCUCUGGGGCACACCGUGUCUUGUGCAGGAACACGACAGACCCUGUGGAGUUCAAUGCUGGUGUCGCAAGCUUUGGGCUGUUUGGAAUCACACACUCUAUUACUCUGAAGCUUGCCCCCUACCCAGAGACGCCCAGCCUGCUGGUUGAGGAUAGUGCACCACUGAUGAACACAUACUUCAGCUCUGAGGGCUUGGUGGGCACGGCCCUCAAAGACCUGGCAGAGAACUCUUACUCAGUCCAGGUCCUUUGGUUUGCCUUGAAUGGUGCAAGCGUGAACCAGAGCAUUCAGGACUGGGACCCCUACAGCCAGGACAGGUUGUGGGUUAAGAGGACCACCCUGAGCGCAGCCCUUGAGAGGGAUGGCAAACCUCGCAGCACUUUCCCUGGGGCAGCGAAGCCAGGGCCGUCACUUGACAGCUUUGUUGAAAUGUUUGGUGCCCAGGCCCAACAGUUUCUUCAGGCGGCGAACAGUGUGGAAAUAUACAAAGUGCUGGCCAGCUUCAGCCUGAAUGAGAGCGUGACUGAGGGCGAACAACUGACCUCGUUUUCAGGUGGGAUCCACCACCUGCUGGGCCUCGACGAACUUAAAACCAUGGAUUUUGAGAUGGCCUUCAAGUUGGACACAGGCUUUGAUGUCGUGAGCAGGGCAUGGAACGCUGCUGUCGAUAUCACGAAGGCGUUUUUGAGAGGCGAGCGUGGUGAGCCCAAGCACCCAGCAAACCUGGCACUCGAGUUUCGAUUCACAGGGCACAGCGAUGCACUGAUGUCCCCAGCCUACGGCAAGCCUGGCGACCACUUCCUGUGGAUAGAAGUGGUGGGAACGACUGAGAACGAGGGAUGGGAAGAGUUUGUGAAUGAGCUGUUUGAUGAGUGGAAGGUCAUUUUGGGGCCGAACGGGGAGAAGCCCAAACCCCACUGGGCCAAAUGGACGCCAGCAGGGCGAGCGAAGUUGCCUAGGGUGGGGGAAUACGUCAAGAUGGUGUAUGCCGAGCAAAUCGCGGAGUUCAACGCGCAGCUUUCUGGGUACGACCCCAGGGGAGUGUUUUUGAAUGACUUUUUCAGGGAUCUUGGCUUUGGGGUGGGGCAAUAG